CUGAAUUAUUUUUUUGCCUCUCACUGAAGUAGCGUGUAUAAGGUGUUUGUCAAUUUUUUUCGAAAAUUAAUAAUUAAAUUACAGACCUUAUAGAAAAUAAAAAUCAUCAUGGAGUGUGAUCCAGUGAUUGAGAAGCACUACAAGGGGCACAAGAGUACAAUAACUAGCCUGUCAUUCCAUCCAGAGACUAAAAAAGUAGUCUCAUCCAGCAAAGAUAAAACUUUGAUAUCAUGGCAUAUUGCUGAUUCAACAAGUAGAGCCUUAAGAUUUCUCGGUCAUCGAGAUGAAGUCCUGGAUGUUGAUUUUGCACCUUCCGGAGAAGUCAUAGCAAGUGCUUGCAAAGAUAGGACAGUUAGAGUAUGGGUGCCUACGAUUAGAGGGGAAUUUUUGGAUUUCGUGGCACAUCAGGGCGUUGUGAGGUCUGUUAAGUUUAGUCCGGAUGGUGAAAACUUACUAACCAGCUCUGAUGAUAAAAACAUAAAACUAUGGAUGGUCUGUCAGCGAAGGUUUUUGAUGUCCUUUGUAGGACACACAAACUGGGUCAGAUGUGCUAGAUUUUCCACAGACGGGAAAUUAAUUGUAUCUUGUAGUGAUGAUAAAACUUUAAAAGUUUGGGAUAUCGCGAGCAAUCAAUGUAUUAAAACAUUUAAUGAGUUAAAAGCUUCUUACACUGAUGCUGAAUUUUUCCCUAAUGGAACACUGAUUGGAGCGGCUAGUACAGAUGGUUGUGUAAAAAUUUUUGAUUUAAAAUCAGGUGUUUUAAGACAAUGCUAUGAUGUUCAUCAAGGUGCAGUAAACAAAGCCAGGUUUCAUCCAAGUGGAAAUUUCAUGUUAACAGCUGCAGAAGAUGCAACAAUGAAGGUUCUGGAUUUGUUAGAAGGCAGACCAAUAUUCACUCUCAAAUGCCAUUCAAAAAGUGUUACAUCCAUUGCAUUUUCACAGGAUGGAAACUAUUUUGCUUCUGGUAGUUCUGACAGUCACUUGUUUGUAUGGAAAUCAAAUUUUGACAGAGAUCUCGUGCCUGAGAAAUAAUUCAUACAAAUUAAAAUUAAGUGUUACGUGAGUUUUAAUGUUUGAUAUUGCACUAUCAAGAAAUAUCGCCAUAAGAUUAUACUAACAGGAUUGUGCCUUUAUAAUCAAUGUUAAAGUAUGUGUGUCGAAUAUUUAUUUUUCUCAAAUGAAACGACAGUAUA